GAGCUUUCGGUUUAUUGACCUUUUCCUCGUUGAAGAACCAAAAACUUCUUAGGGCGUCAGCAACACAUGGCAGCAGCUGGAAGGAUGUCCAAGAGAAACACUUUCCGGCGCGGUCAGCAAACAACGUCAAAAACCAAUACACCAUAUUAAUGCGGCGCGGAGUCAGACUGACAGAAGAUGUCCCACCGUGUUGUCCACUAAGAACUGAGCGGCCGGUCGGUAGUUCGUCGUCGUCGUCUGUUCACACGCCGGCUGCAACAAGAAGCUCGUCGUUAUCAUCUCCCAGGAUAUCUCACCCCUCGCCAGCCCCCGUCUCGUCGUUGAUGCAGCCACCGGCUACCCAAGACGCCGCAGAACUUACGGUAGCGGCGUGGGGUGACAGCGCGAGUGGGGACCGAGGGGAUGGGGCCAUGGACAUUGACAUGUUCGUGCCGAGUUUCUGGGACGAUCCCGAGAACAACGGAUACUUUCUGGCGUCGCCCAUGGACGCGGUGGGCGGGGUGUACGACGGCCAGUUUGGGAUGAAAUACAGCGAGCAGUGCACGACGCCAAUACCUGGCAGCAUGGGUAGCGCCGAGUACCAGGACGUGUGCUCGCCACCGUCAGCGGCCGGAUUCUCGAGCGUCGUGUCUGGGGGCGACGAUGAUAGGCACGGUAAGGACGGGCAUCCCGUCGGAUCGUACGAUGGCGACAACGGACUGGGAUGGCCGUUGGACCCGCUCCUCAUCCCCGAUAUGAGUCGCAGCAGGAGCGACAGUAAUAUCAGCAACGGCGCUGCGGGAAGCGCCAGAACCCAGCAACAACCCGCACGGCACGGGAGCAUAAGCGCGGGAUCUGCGUUGUCAGCGCAUGCAAGGACGGGGACUCCAACCCCGUCUCUCGCCUCUGUUGCCGCGGGGGGGUUCGGACUCGGGUCUCGCACUUCCCGCCCUUCUAUCAAUACCGAGGUGCAUGCGUCGCACUAUCAGCAGCCGUCAUCCUCGGUCUCGGCUGGUGCCGGAAGCGGGGCGAAUAGUCCGAGGUCCCGCAUGACCAUUGUCGUGGACGAGGCCAAGCCCGAAACGCUCGUCGAGGUGAUGAAGGUGCUUAUGGAGUCCCAGGCGAGGGUCGAAUUUCGGCGCGGAUGAUGGGGCCAGAUUGUCCGUGUGUUGUACAUACAACGGGGGUGUCGUUUAAAUUGUCUGCAAGCAUUGCAUAAGAGAACUUUUGCAUAGAGGACGGAGUUGACAGGUUGGAACCGAUAUAAGACGAUGCUGACGGAGCCAUAGGAUUUUGAGCAGGCUGCACUUUACAGGGCCAGAUACGGGACAGGAGGAAGGGUAAGGCGUAGUGAGUUAACUGAAUGCAAAUUAACGCCGUAAUAAAGAAAAUCUAUUGCUGUCUAACAGGCUAGACUCUAGUUAUUUGCGUCCCUAAUGUCCUAAUCCCGGCUGAAAACCACCUAGCACCACGUCGUCACAACAGGAAAUUCUUUAGAUUGCGACCGCGGCAAGGGGAGAUCUACAGUGAGAGCCGAGCAAUGAAACAGCACAUGAGCGGUUGGUUGAUU